AUGGAGUUUGCUGAGGUGGAGAAUCUUCAUGAUUUCUACAGCGCUGAGGAAGGUUUCGUCCACACUCAGGACCAGAGAGGGUUUUACAUCGUGUACGAUGCUGCUCUGAAGGACCUGGACGAACUGGAGAAUGAGCUUCUUCUAGUCGGCUCACACUUCAUCCAGAGAAACAGGACUGAGAAAAUGGGAAAAGCUGAGGAAGCCUUCACUUCAACCUCAACAGCAGGUGCAGGGGAAUUAUGGGUGGAUGUCGACAGAGUUGCGGUGCUUCUUGACUUGUGGACAUGUGAGACAGAGUUUCUGGAGAACAAAGUACAGCUCUUAAACUGUUACUAUGAAGUCUACCAGCAUGCAGCAGGGACAGAGGAGAGAUUUGCACUGGCACGAGUUAUCACUGACAUCAUGCACGGUAGGCCACGGCUGGACCUGGACCAGGAUUACUUUGUUCAGGCCUACAGGGCUGAGAUAGACUGCCUGAGAAGUCACCAGCAGCUGAUCAAGAACAUUCUGGAUAAUCAGAUUGAAAAACAGCGACAGUACCUGCAACGUAUCUGGAGAGACGAUCAUAAAGGCUCCACUCAUGACUAUGGUCUUCCUCUGAACUACAUUCCCAAACAUGUGGUCUCACUUGGAGGCAGCAGCCCUGCACUGAUGAAUGUAUUCCUCCUGGAGGUUCACCCAUCUCUCUGCCUGGCCUCUGCAGUGUAUCACAGUUUAAUCCAGGCUCACACAGAGCUCUGUCAGCUGCACAGAGCCACGAGUGUCUUUGACAAACUCGUCCUGCAGCAGAAACUCCUGCAGCAGGCCCUGCAGAGCUGGAACAACCUGGCUUCACCUGGGGCCUCCUACAGCUCUCAGAUACAGAAGGAUUUGUUCUCAGAUGUGUUUUUUCAGGACCCAGUUUUGGUCCAAAAGGUGGGGCUGUCAUUAGUAAACUUUACAGAGGAGAAGGACAUGAAGCAGGGAAGAAAGAAACAGUCGUAUGCAGUGGAAACUUUCUCCAAACUGCUGGAGCUCGUCACCAUCCGCCAUCGCCUGCUGGAGUCAGCCUCUGAGACGGCACAUCUGACACAGUUGUACAGAAAUGUGGCCUCAGAGCUCGGCUUCGAUGAGUUCCACCUGUAUCUGAGGCCGGUGCAGUUUGAAAUUGCUGAGCAGAAAGACCAAACAGAGCAGAGGCCUGUUUUUAUCACAGCGAUACUGGAGGAUGACACUUCUGUGGACAGGUUCACGCCAUCCCACCUGCCUCUGAGCAUCCAGGAACUGGACGAGAACCAGAUCGGGAGGUUUAGCUUCAGCUCAGAGGAGGCAGUUAUUCAUCUUAUGAACAGUCAGAGUAUUGAGAACCUCCAGGUGACUCUGGCCUGUCAGGUUACACAGAAGAACGCUUUGAUAAGUGCUGUGAAAGUGGCUUGUCUUUGCUAUUGGGCAGAAAGUAUGACAUCAUCAGCUGAGGUGAUGUGUCUAGUGGAGCCAGAUUGUUGUAUUUCAGAGAUCAGACCAGUUCGAAACUCCACCAAGAAGAGACAGUCCCUCUAUAAACAUCUCACCUAG